UUUGUCCGCUUCCUGGCGAAUUGUAAAUUUUUAUAGACUUUAAGCCUAUAGAUAUGUGUGGUAAGAUUGUCCAUUUGGGAACCCUAGACUUUUGGAGAAUACAAUAGACCCAUAAUGACCGAACAGCUGUUUGUUUCAACUGAAUAACAUUAAGGAAUAAUGUCUGCGUACGACCCGAACCUCACCUGUCACAAAUGGGUCAAGGACUUUCUGCCCCGUGAUAGAGAAAUCACACUGGAGUUCGCCAAUAAAAUUCUAGUCAAUCGUCUGAUUGGUGGAAUCAUAUUCCUGGGAAUUCUAAUUGUGAUCGGAUUGAUUGGAAAUGUUCACGUUAUCUACGUUUAUUGCCGAAAAUUUAAAAAUUCAAACUACCGAAUAUAUGUGUUAUGGCUGGCCAUUCUUGACAUAUUUAACCUGUCUGUGAGUGCCCCAAUGGUGAUUAUCUAUCUCUGCUACCCUGUGACGUUUCAGUCUGAGGCAUUCUGUAAAAUCUACAGAUUUAUUCUUUACUUUGUAACUAUUUGUUCGACAUGUGCUCUGGUUGUUAUUGCUAUAGACAGAUGCCGUAAAGUGACGGCACCAUUAGGGACCCAGAUAACGUCUCGUCAAGCACGCCUGAUGUGUGCUAGUUGUCUUGUCGUCAGUUUAAUGCUCUCGUGGCCAAGUCUUAUUUUAUAUGGAAUUACCAAAGUGCCAACAGGCAUACCAGGGUUAAUGGGUUAUAGAUGUCUAGCAAGUGGCGAGACUCUGAAAUACCUGGCUGUUUUCCAUAUCUGUCAUAUUCUGUUUUUUCUGGCUGUGUCGUCUGCUCUGAUCGGCAUAUAUGUCGCUAUAGGGCGUAAGAUUUAUAAACACACCUACUUUCAGGACAGUGUCCGGAGGGGGUCAGAUAGAUUCGCUGAGGAGUCUCCGCAAUUAAAGGCCAAGAACGACAACCGUCCGUCCCACAUCUCCCAGGCCACCCUAAUUCGCACCACAGGGACGCUGUUCACCGUGACCUUGGCCUACAUUCUCAGCGCCAUCCCACAUCACGUUCUUUCCAUCAUCUACUUCGUCAAUCCCUCCUUUGACUGUUCUUUGACCCUCCUUGAGGGUCAGUUCUACUACACGUUCAUCUGGUCGUACUUCAUAAACAGUGCCAUUAACCCGUUUAUAUAUAGUUUCCGGGAUUCUAAGUUUAGACAUGAAGUUAAAGUUAUAUAUGGUCUAACUGAGUGAUAUGAUAUUGUACAUAAGUAACGCGAUAUGU